CGCCCCUCCCUAGCUCGCUCGCCUUUAAUCGCACAUUGAACAAACAUUCAAGAAACUGCAAAGCUGAAAGUGACAAGGCUGCUCGCGCGGUUGGCGGGGAAAGGAUAAUCAGUUAGCAACACAACCAAUCGGUGACGGCAAGCCCCACGGUUCAACACAAAAAGAAACUAGCCCAUUUUUUAAAACCUUUCGUAUAUAAUAUAGACGGCUACAGUUUAAAAUCCUGAUCUGGAUGAGGAAAUGAUUUCAGGAGCAUUUUGUGCGUGUCUCAGUUCCUGCGGGUGUUUCAAGGGGAUGUGAACUAACAGGACUAUGAAGUCUGCAUGAGUCCCUGAUAUACCAGCUGAUUUGUUUAUGGAGCUUUGGGCAAGGGCCAGGCCAGUUCCUCCGCCCCCCUGCGGCUUCCCAGGCGAUGGUGCUGCCCCCGGCCCAGGGAGGACCCCGGCUGCCCCGCGGAGGCUGACCCAGGAGGAGGAGGAGGAGGAGGCUUGCCCCGCGAGCGCCCGGGCUCAGUACUAUGGCUGUGUACUGCUAUGCGCUCAAUAGCCUGGUGAUGAUGAAUAGCAGCAACGAGGUGAAGAGCGGCAGUAGCCGGAGCAAGACGCCUCCUCCCCGGGGGCAGGUGCUGCAGGUCCCGGAGCCGCAUGGCGCCUGCUGCCCCACGCUCAGCCCGGGCGCCGGGAGCCCCAGCUGCCCCCGGAGGAGGUCGACCUUCCUCUUUUCCCCCGGGGAGCAGCGGCCGCCAGAGGCGCCGGGGAGCGCCGGGACUCCCGGGGGCAGCAGGCGGCCCAGCAGCCCGAGCUGGCUGGGAAGGGAAGAGCCGUCGCGGCCCCGCCAGCGGGAGCUGCAGAACGUGCAGGUGAACCAGAAAGUGGGGCUCUUCGAGGCGCACAUCCAGGCGACCAGCUCCGCCACCCCGCACCUCAAGAGCCCGCGGCUGGGCAGGAGAUCGCCGACCCCCAUCCCGCCCAGCCGCAGCCGGUCCCCCGGCGGAGACCUAUGGGAAGCGCCCAGAAAGGAGGAGGAGAAGGUCCGGACAAGCCCCUUUCUCUGGCCGGCGGCGGAGAGAGGGAUAGCACAGGAUCCAGGAGAAACGGGGAGGAGGCGUGAGUCCCCCAGGGUGCAGGUUUCCGGGGAGACGCAGAGUGGGGAUGGGCACUGUGGAGCGCAGAUUGCCGGGGAGAUGGAGAGGGGGAGCAGCACUCUCGGAGCACGUUGUACAGAGGAGAUGAAGAGGGGCGGUGGGAUGCCCAGAGGGCUGGGAGCUGAGGAGAUCGAAAAGAGCAGCGGGUCCUGGGAACAGGAGGGGCCGGAGGAGACGGCGAAGUGGAGCGGGUCCCCCAGGGCUCAGAACUCAGAAGUGAUGGAGAGGGGGAGCAGUGGAGCGCAGAAUUCAGAAGUGAUGGAGAGCAGGGAGUGGGUUCACCCAGCGCAGGGCUCCGAAGUGAUGGAGAGCAGGGAGUGGGUUCACCUAGUGCAGGGCUCGGAAGUGAUGGAGAGCAGGGAGUGGGUUCACCCAGCGCAGGGCUUGGAAGUGAUGGGGAGGAGGAGCGAGUCCGGUGGAGUGCGGAGCUCAGGGGUGUUGGAGCGAGGUGAGGGGACCCACAGUGUGCAGGGCUCUGGGGUGAUGGAGCGAGGAGAGGGGACCAACAGCGUGCAGGGCUCUGGGGUGAUGGAGCGAGGAGAGGGGACCCACAGCGUGCAGGGCUCGGGGGUCAUGGAGCGGGGCAGGGUAGCCCUAGAAACUCAGGGUUCCGCAUCAACAGAAGAGGGGAGCGAGAACUGCGGAUUGCGAGGCUCGAACUCUUCAGCUGCCCCGGAGCAAGGGAGGGGUGAAGAGCAGCAUUGUCCCCCCCGGACUGGCUGCUGGGGGGAGCUCGGGAGUCCGCUGGCCUGGGCUGGCUCUGUGGAGGAGCUGUGCCCAGUGCCUGGAAGCUCCUUGGGAGCAGUGGAUCAAGCCUGUGCCCGGCUGCAGCAGGACCACCUUGGAGACCGUCAGCUGCUGGUGACAGCAGCACUCACAGAACAAAAGGGGAAACCCUCGGGAGAGGGCUGCUGUGGGAGCAGCAUCCCGGCUGUCAUCAUUACUGACCUAGGGGGUCAGGAAGAGGAGGCCGGGGAGUGCCCCCGAGUGAACAUGCCCAUCAGGAAGCUGUCUUCCUCUUCGGCUUCUUCCACUGGCUUCUCCUCAUCCUGGGAAGAGUCUGAGGAGGACAUCUCCAGUGACCCGGAGCGCACUUUGGAUCAAGCCCAACCCUUCCUGCAGACCCUGGACCAGCACAAACCCAGAGUGAGCAAGUCAUGGCGGAAGAUCAAAAAUAUGGUGCACUGGUCUCCCUUUGUUAUGUCCUUCAAGAAAAAGUAUCCUUGGAUUCAACUAGCAGGGCAUGCAGGUAGCUUCAAGGCUGCAGCCAAUGGCAGGAUACUCAAGAAGCACUGUGAAUCUGAGCAGCGCUGCUUGGACCGCUUGAUGAACGACGUCCUUAAGCCCUUUGUUCCUGCCUACCAUGGGGAUGUGGUGAAGGAUGGGGAGCGGUACAAUCAGAUGGAAGACCUGCUGGCUGAAUUUGACUCCCCCUGCGUUAUGGACUGCAAGAUGGGAGUCAGAACGUAUUUGGAGGAAGAGCUAACCAAGGCCAGAAAGAAGCCAAGCCUGCGGAAGGACAUGUAUCAGAAGAUGAUUGAAGUAGAUCCCAAUGCCCCGACCGAGGAGGAGAAUUCCCUGCAUGCAGUAACCAAGCCCCGAUACAUGCAGUGGAGGGAGACCAUUAGUUCUACAGCAACACUGGGAUUCAGAAUCGAGGGAAUAAAGAAAGAAGAUGGCACAGUGAACCGGGAUUUCAAGAAGACAAGAACAAAGGAACAGGUCACAGAGGCCUUCAGAGAAUUCACUAAAGGAAACCGUAACAUUCUGAACGGUUACCUUAAUCGGUUGAAGGGGAUUCGUGACACCCUGGAAACAUCGCCAUUCUUUAAAUGCCACGAGGUAAUUGGGAGCUCCCUCCUCUUCAUUCAUGACCAAAAGGAACAGGCCAAAGUCUGGAUGAUCGACUUUGGGAAAACUACACCACUGCCAGAGGGACAAUUCCUCCAGCACAACGUGCCGUGGGUGGAAGGGAACAGAGAGGACGGCUACCUCUGGGGGCUGGACAACCUUAUUGAGAUCCUAAUGGAAUUGUCACAGAGCGAGGACCUGCAUUAAAGCCAUAUGUCCAACUCCACCACUACCCAGCAUCCUGCCCCUCAAACUGACUCUUCUGAACUGCACUACAAGACACUUUCCAACGCCCCCCCAGCCCAUGUUAAAGCUAUAACUUCCCUAUUUAAGGUGGUUUUUAGUUUUUGUACAUAUGUAGAUCACCUGCCAGAACAAAUGCUGAACUUGAAACCUUAGCUUUGCUCAAUAGAUGGGAGCAGAUCGUGUUGCUCGUUGCGGGCACCUGAGCAGCGAGCAGCUGUGGUCUGGUUGGCUAGGCAAACACAUGCUCUUUCCAUAGCAUUUCUGGCUCUUAGUCAAUCUCUUUUGAACAAGAACGUACGUAGUGACCAGUUGUGCAACUGACGCACCCUCCAGUUGAACGAAGAUGGUGUCCGAACCCUGAGUUCUGUUGCUUCUGAACUGUGUAAUUAAAGCCCUUCCAACUAAGUGAAUGACAGAAUUUAUUCAGCUGUAAGGAUCAUCUGUCCUCUAGUGGCUGGUGUUGGUAACACACCAUCCUCAAAGCAGUCAAGGCUUCAUAGCUUUUAGAUUGCCAUUUUAAGUGUCUUAGGGUUUAUGGAAUAAGGAAGACACAGAUUCUGGAGAAGGUGAAGGCAGGGAUACCAGAUUGGGAGCGGCUUAGUUACAUUUAAUAACAUCCUUCGUCCGAGGAAGCUAGAGGUUUGGAAUCCUUAGGAGAUCUAGGUUUCUCUCUCUUCGAGCAACCUUGUUAUCCACUGGUGAUUGUUCCGUUAUUUUCGAGUGGCCAUUGGAAUUGCAAAGUCUGUUCUUGUCAAUAACCAAGUGUGAUGUGACUGUGGCUCUUACUAACCUAUUUGGUGCUGGAUGAUGAGCUUCCCUCUAAGCACUGAGGUGGGCUGGCGUUGUCAGCUGUAGAUGUUUACCAUGGGCCUGUCUUCAAAUUGAAAUCACCUUUGAGCAACUUAGCAGUAGGGCAGUGUGCUGGCACGUGAAGAUCUGAGACUGAUGCUCAGACCUCCUAGGCCAGCACUGACUGGGAAUACUGUGGAACCUAUAGUCUGAACCAAGACAACAAAGAAGAGAUUUCUCUUCUGUCUCCAGCGAUCCUGCUCCCAUUAUAGGAGCAACUUCCAGCCCUCCUAACCUGGGAUGGUGGCCUACCAUGUGGCUUGAAGCCUCAGAUGAGGCUGAAAGAGAGUGAAAGUGGCUAUAGGGACCAUUAUGAAACUUUAAAAAGGCCUCAAUGUUGGUGGAUAUCUCCUAGCAAUAAUCAAGUAAGCUGUCCUCUGCGCUGUGUAAGGCUAAUACUGCUAAGUGUGCAGAAGGGGAUGGGAACCCCUGGUAAAUCUGGGUCAGAAAGGAGUUCACAAGGGGAGUGGUCUCCAUUAUUUUUCAAUGCCUUUGAGCAUCUUUUGUAGUAUCCUUGUUACAAGCCCUUAUGAUUGGCAAAUGCCAGGCAUACUUAUGGGUUCUUGUAGAACCAGUCCUGGCUACAUCUCAAACAGAAUUGCAUUAACUGAUCUAAAAGGUUUAUUUCAUAUGCAGGGCCGGCUCCAGGCACCAGCCAAGCAAGCUCGUGCUUGGGGCAGCAGAUUCUACGGGGCGACAUU